AGCUUGGCUGUGGAGAACCUUAGAAACUGGUAAAUAAUUCUUUGCUAAAGAAUGGAACGUGACCCAAGACAAAUGUGUAUUUUAUCUUGUUCAGUAGGUUUAAUUAAUUACUUAAAUGGUAGUAGUCCUUUACACUGAAGAAUUUAUGGAGCAGUUCAAAUGAGGGACCAGAUCUAAUUUAUAGAAAAGUACAUUGCUUCAGGAAAACCCAAAUAUCUUGAUUAAAUUCAGCUUCUCAAGAACAUUAACAAUUGGAUUAUCAUGGACCUAUGGCAGUUUCUUCUGUGUCUGUCCCUGUGCACAGCCUUUGCCUUGAGCAAGCCUACAGAAAAGAAAGACCGUGUACAUCAUGAGCCUCAACUUAGCGACAAAGUUCACGAUGAUGCUGAGAGUUUUGAUUAUGACCAUGAUGCUUUCUUGGGUGCUGAAGAAGCAAAGAGUUUUGAUCAGCUGACACCAGAGGAGAGCAAGGAAAGGCUUGGAAAGAUUGUAAGUAAAAUAGAUGACGACAAGGACGGGUUUGUCACUGUGGAUGAGCUCAAAGACUGGAUUAAAUUUGCACAAAAGCGCUGGAUUUACGAGGAUGUAGAGCGACAGUGGAAGGGGCAUGACCUCAAUGAGGACGGCCUCGUUUCCUGGGAGGAGUAUAAAAAUGCCACCUACGGCUACGUUUUAGAUGAUCCAGACUCUGAUGAUGGAUUUAACUAUAAACAGAUGAUGGUUAGAGAUGAGCGGAGAUUUAAGAUGGCAGACAAGGAUGGAGACCUCAUUGCCACAAAGGAGGAGUUCACAGCUUUUCUGCACCCUGAGGAGUAUGACUACAUGAAAGACAUAGUAGUGCAGGAAACAAUGGAAGAUAUAGAUAAGAAUGGUGAUGGUUUCAUUGAUCUUGAAGAGUAUAUUGGUGACAUGUACAGCCAUGAUGGAAAGGCUGAUGAGCCAGAAUGGGUGAAGACGGAGCGAGAGCAGUUUGUGGAGUUUCGAGAUAAGAACCGUGAUGGGAAGAUGGACAAGGAAGAAACCAAAGACUGGAUCCUCCCUUCAGAUUAUGACCAUGCUGAAGCAGAAGCCAGACACCUAGUCUAUGAAUCAGACCAAAACAAGGAUGGCAAGCUAACAAAGGAGGAGAUCGUCGACAAGUAUGAUUUAUUUGUGGGCAGCCAGGCCACAGAUUUCGGGGAAGCCUUAGUAAGACAUGAUGAGUUCUGAGCUGCAGACACGAGCUCCUAUUUCUUCAAAAGUAAUUUAUUUUUACAGCUUCUGGUUUCACAUGAAAUUGUUUGCGCUACUGAGACUGUUACUACAAACUUUUUGAGACAUGAAAAGGCAUAAUGAAAUAAUGAAAACCAUCCCGUCCCUAUUCCUCUUCCUCUCUGAGGGCCUGGAGGAAAUCAUGCUUCUGAGGAACAAGUCUAAUUAGUACACUUGUGUUUGUAGAUUUACACUUUGUAUAACGUAUAACAUGGUGUGUUUAUUUUUGUAUUGUCUCUAGUUGUGAGUAUGAUAUGAAGGAUCAAGAUCCUCAAACCACACUUCUAGGCCAACAUUAGCUCUUUACCCCUUAUAUAGUGUUGUUUUUUUUGUGUUUUUUUUUUAUAAUUCUCAUGUAACAAAUUUUUAAGCCUGAGAUCAAUAAGAAUGCUCAGUAGAGUAAAAAGGAAAAAUAGAUUCUCCCUGAUUUUUAUUUAGAGACAACACUUCAUUUUGCCUAUUGGAAAGUCUGGUGUUUCAGAAGUUGUAGAAGCCAUGUAUUCCCUUCAUUUCCUACAGGCCCCACAAUUAAGCCUGCCAUGAUGUGAGCAGUGACAGGUCCCUGUGCCAGCAAACACCCUGAAUCAACUUGACUUCAUUUUUUUGCCUCUUGUAGUACUAGCUGUUUGCUAAUUUUGUCAAGCACAGCUGUGGUGGGAUGAGUGUCUUGAAAAAUCAAUCAAACAGCUCUUUUCAGAGCUAUUUCCAGCUCUUUAGAGAACUGUUUCCAAUUAGAAACAGCUAGAAAACUAAAGGAAAAAUACAAGUGUACAGGGCAUACAUUUUUUUUCCUGGGUGUGUGCCUCUUGAAAUCACUGUAAAUACCUGAUCCGCUUCCUCUUCCCCUAGGAAUCUUGGCUUCACUAUGAUUAAAAUUCGAUCCAAUCAUGUCAUUUGAAGUGCCUUUAACAAGAGAAACAAUCACUAAGUGAGCAUUUGUUUAAACCUUAAAAAACUAGAGAUAUUUGGAUAACCUUAUAUGAAAGUUUAGAACCUCCCAAUGUAGUGGGGUCUUUUUUUUUUUUUCCUUUUUCUCUUUUGGACAAUAAUUAAAUAACAGUAUUAGUUGUAAGCUUGGUUGCAUUGUUCUUCUCUUGUGGGGCUGGUUUCUAAUAACCACAUGCUGCUGACUACCAGAGAUCCUCAUACCUCAAAGCAAGCCACUCACUGCCCAGGCUUCUCUGUGCCCUAGAGAGCUUGAGCUCAGACUUGAGGAUGGAAGGAUCUGCCGAGAGGGUUCUUUGGUUUCAGGACCACUUCUCACACUUUCUGCUUUUGACCCACCAUACCCCUUCUUUUCUUCUCCCCCUUCGCUUUACAAACAAAAUAAGAGGAGUUUCAUGGAUCAGCAAGUUGCUAAUCCUUAUCAAAACCACCCUCUGUUCUCAACUCCAUUUUACCCAUAUUUUAUAUAACACGAACUAUGUCCAUUUGGGUUCCUUUCUUACCAAUGGACUUCUUUUGAGAAGAAUUAUUGUAUUCUUAGCCCUCAGGUUACUAAGAUAAAUAUAUGUACAUAUAACCUUUAUUAUUUCCUAUAUCUCUUUGGAUAAUACAUUCAGGUGGUGCUGGGUGAUGAUUAUAUCUGAACCUAGGUGUAUACCCUUUGGUCUUCCAGAAUCCUAUUGAGGUGAGCUGCUUGGUGUGGGAAAGGGCCACGUGUUUUGUAACCUCACCAGGCCUUUGCAUUGAGCUCUUGAUAGCAAAUAAACUCUUGAACUUAACCUAAGUAUAGGGUAACUAACAUUCUCUGCCCUCCAGAUUUCCCCUCUGUAAAGAAGACCAGAGAUAAUUUUAUCAAUCUUAGCUUAGAGAGCAUUCAUCAGGUGCACAGAGCCCAGGCCUGAUGUGAGAAUCACCCACUUAGACAGCAAACUGUUCUGCUAUGCUAGCAGCUUUGGGAUUGGGCACUGAGCAUUGAGCGCUGUGCUGUUACCGCUGAGCUCCUUGAUGGGGGAUCUGGCGCCUUGGUUUUGAUUUACGUCAAGCCUGAGGCGAGUGAACAGUGGCUGCACAUCCUCAGUAUGUGUUCUGUGAGUGCUAACUCUCUGGAACUUGGAUAUUGGUUAUUUUUUUUAUGGAGUGUAAACCAAGUUUUAUAUUCUAUGAUGCAAACAGGUACCCAUCUGUUUCUAAAUAAAACUGUUUACAUUCAUUAGGA